AGGGAAAAGCACUCCGCCGCUUCCCCCGAUCGCGCGUGUUCCCCCACUUCACCCCCGACGCUCAGAGGAUCGAAUCCCCAAACCCUAACCCUAACCCUAAUUUGUAGUGCGCGUACCUCGGCAUUUGGGUGGGGGGUUGGGGGAUGGAGAUCCUCCGAUCGGGGCGCGUGGUCGUGGCCCUGCUCCUCCUCCGCCUCCGCCACCUCCUCCUCCGCCGAGCGCGGCGCCUCCUCUCGCUCGUGGCGCUCCGCGACGCGCUCCUCUCCCUCCUCUUCCUCCGCCACCACCUCGUCCCCCGCUCCGUCCCCCUCGGCGCCGGCCCCUCCGCCCCGUCGCUCCACCUCUGGAUCCCCUCCCCGCUCCUCCGCCGCCUCCGCCCCCCCCGCCCCGCGCUCGUCCUCGUCCACGGCUUCGGCGGCAACGCCAAGUGGCAGUGGGAGCGCCAGAUCGGGCCCCUCUCCCGCUCCUUCGACCUCUACGUCCCCGAUCUCCUCUUCUUCGGCCGAUCCAAACCCGGAUCUGAAUCGGAAUCGGAAACCCCUGAUUCUCGAUCGGUGGCGGAGCAAGCGAGGUGCGUGGCGGAGGCGAUGGCGCGGCUCGGGGUGGGGCGAUACGCGGUGGUGGGGAUCAGCUACGGGGGGUUCGUGGCGUACAGGUUGGCGGGGGAGGGGGCGGUGGAGAGGGUGGUGAUUUUGUCGGCGGGGGUGUGCGCGGGGGCGGAGGAGAGGGGGGAGCUCGCCCGGAGGGAGGGGAGGGACGUGAGCGAGGUGCUGCUCCCUCAGCGCCCCGAGGACCUGCGCACGCUCCUCCGCCGGUCCAUGCACCGCCCCCCCAAGUGGGUCCCCGACUUCCUCCUCCGCGACUUCAUCCAGGUAAUGUAUUUGGAUCAGAGGAAGGAGAGGGUGGAACUAUUGAAAGAAUUGCUUGAAAAAGGAACCGGCAUGGACCCCCUCCCAGUUCUUACUCAGGAAACUUUGAUCCUUUGGGGUGAUCAAGAUCGCGUGUUUCCACUCAAUCUCGCUCACAAAUUACAAAAGCAUUUGGGGGAGAAGUCGAGGUUAGAGAUAAUCAAAGACGCCGGACACGCGCUGCAGUUGGAAAAAGCUGCUCAAGUUAACCGCCUUAUCGAGCAGUUCCUUCUGGAUGCGAACAAUUGCAGAUCAGCUUAAUCCUGCAGUACUUUUUUUUUAUCUAACCUGUGCAAUACAUUAAUAUUUAUCAAAAUUAGAGAAGCUCUUUUCUCUUCUGCAUGUACACCCCUGCAAAUACACGAAUUUGUGUAAAAAUCCCUAUGAAAUUGGUAUCUGCAUGCCUUUUCUGAAAUGAUAUUUAUGCAAUUUCACAUA